CGAAUCUUUGCAGCAAUCGUGGAUCUAUUCCCUUUUCCCUUCCCCAACUCUACGCCCGUUCCAAUCCUGGUCCAAAAAACAAUCGCUGGCACAUCUUCGAGAAAGAUACCUCCAGAUCGGGCCUACGUCAAUCUCACGCCGGAAGAACUGAUCGAUCUUGCGAUUCAACACCAUCUUGCUCGCAUUAAUAGACGGGGACUCGUGGGCGGUGAUGAGUCGUUCUUCGUUGUGGAUCUGGGGCAGGUUACUAAACAACAUCGACGAUGGAUGCAGGGGUUACCCGGUGUACAACCUUAUUACGCUAUAAAAUGCAACUCAGACCCAACCCUCAUAAAAUCCCUUGGAGUGCUCGGCACAGGAUUUGACUGUGCCUCAAUCGAAGAGAUGCGCACAGUGCUAAAUCUAGGAAUCGAUCCAUCCCGAAUCCUCUUCGCGAACCCAUGCAAAUCCGCCGCAUCGCUCGUUUUCGCUCGACAAGUCGGUAUUCUUCGAACGACAUUUGAUAAUCUUGAUGAACUCGAUACAAUCAAGAUGCAUAUGCCCGAAUCACAGCUCUUGCUGCGCAUCUACGCCAAUGAUGAUAGUGCGUUGAUUUGUUUUGGGGAGAAGUUUGGGGCUCCGCUUGAUACGACCCGAGAUCUUCUAGUUCGAGCGAGGGAAUUGGGACUUGAGGUUGUGGGGGUGAGUUUUCAUGUUGGAACCGGUGCGAAAAACGCUACUGCAUUCAGUAAUGCGAUUCAUCAUGCCAGCCACGUCUUCAAUCAAGCUAUAUCGCUCGGCUUCACACCAUGUAUCGUUGAUAUCGGUGGCGGAUUUGAAGAUAGUAGUUUCGAGUGCAUAUCCUCACAUAUCCUCUCGUCUAUUCGCUCUGCCUUCCCAGAAGGUGUGACCACCAUCGCGGAACCGGGCCGCUUCUAUGCGCGUAACGCAUAUACGCUUGUAUCUAGGGUUAUUGCACGACGGAGACAGAUAGGCGCUGCUUUGGAACGAGGAUUACCGGAUAUGCUUUAUCAGAAUGACGGAGUUUAUGGUAGUUUUAUGAAUGUUAUCAUGGAAAAGGAGGUCAUGGUUCCAGUUUUAGUUGGGAAUGGACAUAGUAAGAAGAGCAGAGUUGGGAUAAGAGAUGAUACAUGCGAGGGAGAGAAAAGAUAUCGAUAUUCGGUUUGGGGUCCAACUUGUGAUGGAAUUGAUUGUGUGACAAAGGAGGCGACGUUUGGAGUUGAGGUUAAGAUUGGGGAUUGGUUGAAGUAUGCGAAUAUGGGUGCGUACACUAGUACUACGGCAACGAAGUUCAACGGGUUCUCUUCAUCUUUAGAAAGGGUCUAUGUGAAUAGCGAAACAGCAGCCGGGUAUUGA